AUUUUAACAUUUUAACCUAUUAGGCAAUUUUUUUAAUAUUUGGAAAUUUCAUAUUUAGUUCCUACAAAAAAAAACAAUAUUUAAAGAUGUAAAGGAUCGAAUUAAAGACAAAAACAAUUAUGACUGAAGAAAAAUUGGUGACCGAGGUCCCUAGCAGUUUGAAACAGUUGGCGAGGCUCGUCGUACGAGGUUUUUACUCCAUCGAGGAUGCCCUCAUAGUCGAUAUGCUGGUGAGGAACCCCUGCAUGAAGGAGGACGACAUCUGCGAACUGCUCAAAUUCGAGAAGAAAAUGCUCAGAGCCCGAAUAGCCACGCUCAGAAACGAUAAAUUCAUACAAGUCCGUUUGAGAAUGGAAACUGGAGCAGACGGCAAAGCCCAGAAAGUAAACUAUUAUUUUAUCAACUACAAAAGCUUUGUUAACGUGGUUAAGUAUAAAUUAGAUCUCAUGAGAAAAAGACUAGAGACUGAAGAACGCGACGCUACUAGCAGAGCAAGUUUUAAAUGUUUGGCGUGUCUCAAAACCUUUACAGACUUAGAAGCAGAUCAGUUGUAUGAUUUUGCUACUGGGGAAUUCCGUUGUACUUACUGUAGAGAGGUUGUAGAAGAAGACUCCUCAGCACUUCCAAAAAAAGACUCCAGACUGUUACUAGCCAAAUUCAACGAACAACUUGACUCAUUAUACGUACUAUUACGAGAAGUGGAAGGUAUUAAACUGGCUCCUGAAGUUCUAGAACCUGAACCAGUAGAUAUAAGUACUAUUCGAGGUUUGGAUAAGAAAACUACUCAACAAAAUCUUACUGAAUGGUCCGGAGAGGCAACAAGAAAUGCAGGAUUCGCCGUUGAAGAGACUCGAGUUGAUAUUACCAUUGGUGAAGAAAAUAAUGCUAAUACAACAGUCAGUCAUAAAGAAGCACCUAUUUGGAUGACCGAGUCCACGGUUAUUUCAAAUCUUAACCAGGAUGAUACAAGUAUUAAUCCUGAUGAAAGUGAGGCAAGUUCAACUCAAACUGCUCGCAAUGAUGAUAUAAUGAGUGUAUUGCUGGCUCAUGAGAAAAGACCUUCAAAUAUUGCUUCCAGUGCGGUUAAAGGUCUAGCAAAUGACUCCGAUUCAGACCUGGAAGAUGUCAACGAUGGUAAAAAUAGUUUAGAUGACAUUGAAACUAUGGACAGUGAAGAAGAAGAUGAUGGUACUGUACCUAGUGUUAGUGUCGGGAACAAGUCGUACUUAAUUACUGACAUUAAUGACAGUAUUAUAAGUGAAAUGACACAGUCGGAAAAGGAGAUAUAUGUGCAAGUGUUCCAAGAUUACUAUUCUCACAUGAACUAUUAAAGACAUUUUUUUAUUUAUUUAAGUGUAACAAAUAUUGUAUUUGCGUUUAUUAGGGAAUAAAACUUAUUUUUUCUUA